AUGGAUUUCUUGUCUGAGCAUUUCCAGCCACGGGAUCCCUCCCUCGAGACCCGGCCAAUCCCCCACAAGCGCUUCUUUGAUACAUGCGCGUUUGGCCCUGGUGCCGAUCCGGCAAUUCAAAAAACAGCCCGAUCUGUCAGUGAUGUGGACCUGAACAUCAGACCCUCAGAUUACAGUAAUAACCCUGAGUUUGAUAGCCAAGUAUUCGAAAGAGAAAGGCAGUUCAUGCCGUGGGUGCGCGAUGAAGAAGACUGGCUGAGCUUUAGGAAGAGGACAGAUGAUGUCCGCAAGCUUCUUUCAGCUGUACAGACCUAUCGAAACAAUAUGUCUGGUCCGCUCGGCUCAGAGAUUACAGACCCAACAUGGGGUUAUUACAUCUUUGUCACGUCUUACACAGACACGGCACAUCAGAAGUUGGAGGCAGCCGUGGAAGCUUUGGUCCAACUUACACUCAGAAGUUUGAGACGUAUGUCACCUUCACUUUACUCGGAAGAGGCAUCCAAAAGAUUCAAGCUCGAUGUCAUCCAGAAUAGAGAGGCGCUAGAGAAUGCGUCUGAGGACAGAGUCAGAGAAGAAUUUCGUGCGCAGCUGAGAGGUUUGGGAAUGCUUGGAGGCGAUAUCAUGUUCCGAGGUAUUGGUUCAGGCCGUUCUUCUGCGUGUAUUCUUUUUGAUGAAGAUACAAUCAGGGAGUUGUCCAAGUUAUCGUUCUCCCUUGAUGCGGAAGAGGAUGAUCUGCAAUUCGGUGAUGUGUACACGAGGAUGAUUGACCCCAAGUGGGAUUAUCCAACGCAGCCGUACCCAAACACGAUUGAGGGCGGUGUACCCUAUCGGGGAGCAGACGACUGCCCAGUUACUUGUCUCGCGGAGCUAUAUCGCAGAAUGGAUGGAGAUUUGAUGGAGGAUUAUCCCAUGGCGGAUGUCAUGACCUAG